AUGCGCGCAAUGCAUGCAUCUUCUCGGCUUCACGGCACCUGCAGCUUUCCCUUCCUUCCUGGACUCCGCCGCCUCGGUCCCGUCCAGCCCUGUGCCAACUCACCAUGGCCGGUUCGUGAACCACGACGGGCGUGGGCGUCGGGAUUGAAGAGAUGGCCAAGGUUGCGUGGCUGCGUCACACCAGACAAAGCUCCCACAACAGCAACAAUAAACAACUGCAACAACUGCAACAACUGCAACAGUAAAAACAACAACAACAACAACAGCAACAGCAACGAGGUGGAAACUGCAACGCUUCAGCUCGCCACACGACAGCCGCCGGCGAGUCGCACGACCAACCCCCCCAAUCCAGACGUUGCCGAGGAUGCCCUGCCACGCGCGGGCCGAUUCGACACGAAAGGCCCCUGGCAAACCCCUCCACUAGGCCAAAUGGACCUUUGUGAUGGAGUGCUCCGGGCUUCCAAGGGAAUGAUGCGUCCGACGCACGCUCCGCAAGAUAUUCAACGCGAUGCCGCAAGGCAAAACUCAAUAAUCACGAGAGAAACAUCGGGAGAGGUGCUGCUGAUAUUGACUGGACACACUGGUUGA